UCCCCUGCCGCGGCGGACUGCUUGCAGGCGCGGCUCCCGGCCAGAGCCAGCGAGCGGAACGGGCGCCUCGGCUGCUGCGCCUCCUCCGAGAACCGGUGGCGCGCCCCCCUUCCCCCCGACGCCGGGCCUGCCGGGUCCCGGGUCCCAGCGUGCGUCCAGCAGCUUCGUAGCGGGAGGGCGCAACUUUCCCCCGGUCCCGGGCGGGGCGGGGACGGCAGCGGGACAACUUGGAAAACUUCUCCGGAGAGGACGGCAGGGACGCCGGGUGUCGGUGGAAGAGGAUGUAGGAGGGCGGUGGCUGGCCCCAGGCAUCCCUCCGUCUCCUUGGCCGGGUUCGGCCUGGCCAUGGGGCUCCAGCGCCUUGUGCGCCGCCAGGGGGUUGAUCCCCCCUUCUAGACUAGCUGCGUAGGACAGUACCGUCUCCGGCUGAGCACGCUCUGGGCGAGCAGCGACCCCUCUGGCCGCGUCCCGCCCCGUCAUGGACCACCAGGAGCCCUACUCGGUGCAGGCCACCGCGGCCAUCGCGGCGGUCAUCACGUUCCUCAUCCUUUUCACCAUCUUUGGCAACGCGCUGGUCAUCUUGGCUGUGUUGACGAGUCGCUCGCUGCGCGCCCCGCAGAACCUGUUCCUAGUGUCGCUGGCCGCCGCCGACAUCCUGGUGGCCACGCUCAUCAUCCCUUUCUCGCUGGCCAACGAGCUGCUGGGCUACUGGUACUUCCGGCGCACGUGGUGUGAGGUGUACUUGGCGCUCGACGUGCUCUUCUGUACCUCGUCCAUCGUGCACCUGUGCGCCAUCAGCCUGGACAGGUACUGGGCCGUGAGUCGGGCGCUGGAGUACAACUCCAAGCGCACCCCACGCCGCAUCAAGUGCAUCAUCCUCACCGUGUGGCUCAUCGCAGCUGUCAUCUCCCUGCCGCCGCUUAUCUACAAGGGCGACCAGGGGCCCCAGCCUCGUGGGCGCCCGCAGUGCAAACUUAACCAAGAGGCCUGGUACAUCCUGGCCUCUAGCAUCGGAUCUUUCUUUGCACCCUGCCUCAUCAUGAUCCUGGUCUACCUGCGCAUCUACCUGAUCGCCAAGCGCAGCCACCGCAGAGGUCCCAGGGCCAAGGGCCGCCCUAGGGAGGGUGAGUCUAAGCAGUCCCGCCCCGUCCCUACUGGAACUUCAACCAAAAUGCCAACCCUGGCCUCUCUGGCUGCUUCUGGAGAGGCCAAUGGUCACUCCAAGCCCACUGGGGAGAAGGAGGAGGGGGAGACCCCUGAAGAUCCUGCGACCCCUGCCUUGCCACCCAGCUGGUCGGCCCUUCCCAACUCAGGCCAGGGUCGGAAGGAAGGUGUUUGUGGGGCAUCUCCAGAGGAAGAAGCUGAGGAGGAGGAGGAAGAGUGUGAGCCUCAGGCCUUGCCAGCAUCUCCUGCCUCCGUCUGUAGCCCACCCCUGCAGCAGCCACAGGGGUCCCGGGUGCUGGCAACACUACGUGGCCAGGUGCUCCUGGGCAGGGGCGUGGGCACCUCGAGCGGGCAGUGGUGGCGGCGGCGGGCGCAGCUGACUCGGGAGAAGCGGUUCACCUUUGUGCUGGCCGUGGUCAUCGGCGUUUUUGUGCUCUGCUGGUUCCCCUUCUUCUUCAGCUACAGCCUGGGUGCCAUCUGCCCACAGCACUGCAAGGUGCCCCAUGGCCUCUUCCAGUUCUUCUUCUGGAUCGGCUACUGCAACAGCUCGCUGAACCCCGUCAUCUACACCAUCUUUAACCAGGACUUUCGCCGUGCCUUCCGAAGGAUCCUUUGCCGCCAGUGGACCCAGACGGCAUGAGUUUCCUAGAGAAAUUCUGUUGGAAGGUUCGAUGCUGGUCUUGGCUGAGCUAGGCGCGGGAGAACUGUCCUGUGGUGCGGGCGAAGCACCAGGACAUCCCAGGAGGUGGUGGCAGGGACCUGUCCAGGAGUGUGGGAGCCUAGACGCGGCCGGUCAGAGAGAGGACAGGUAGAGAGAGCACACCGGUUGGAUCAUCCCACUGGCAGCGUGAAAAGGGUACUGACUUUGUCGUCAAACCUGGCUUUGUUGCCUGUGGGCCACGUGGCCUCAGGCAAACCGCCAAACCUCUCUGAGCCUCAGUUUCCCCCCAUUUCAAGUGGUAGGUUAACUACAUUAGGAUUGGAGAGGUGUGCUGAGAGGUAGACAUGUGUAGAAAAGGUCCUGAAAGAGUGCCGGGGAGUGGCAGGGCCAGUCUGAUUAUUCCUCUCAAAGUCCAGGUCCUUUUCAAGGUAAGCUAGUAGAACCCCUGGUCCCCGGUGCCCCCUGAGUCACCGCUCAGCAGCCUGAUGGAAGGAGGGUGGGCUCUGUGCCCUGGAAGAUGGCCCCCUCUGGCAUAGGGAGUCUGCUCUUUCCACCUUCCCUCACCCCUUCCUUCCCUGGGCUCCAAAAGCCUCUCCCACCAAGAGCUUCUGCCAAGCUCUUUCCAGGGUAUAGCUGGGAAGGGAAGGUUCUCAGGUGAAUGUGUUAAAUGUAGCAUGUGUAUACCUACCCCUCUACUGCUGUGUGCAUGGCAGACGUCAGCUUUGGAACCCAGAACUCCCUAUGCACUGAGACAAGCCCACAGGCAGUGCCAGCCCGGCAUCCUCCAACAGCAGCAGCUGCUGUGCAAGAUGAAACCCAUUUGCCCCUCAGGGUGGGGAGAACCCUUGUUCUGGGCAGGCGUGGGGGAAAGGGCUGCCCGGCCUGAUGGCAGGGGAGCCAUUGAGGGCGGGAAGGAGGGCCGUUUCUGGAGACCUCUAGGAUUUCUGCAGCCGCCACAGCAGCAGGACCCAGGGGUUGAACGUCCGGGCCCUGGAGAACCCCAGAGACUGAGAAGAUUGCACAGUUGCCAGCAGAGGGAAUGGGGCCAGGCAACAUGGCAGAGGUUGGGUGAAAGUGGGGGCUUCUUGGGCCAGCACACCUUGGCCUAGGCCAGAGAUGGUCAGGAAGAGUGGGAAAGGGGUGCAGGGGCACUAGGAGGUCUUAUUCUCUCGAGAGUGUGUAAAGGAAGGCAAGGAUGGUUCAAGAGUCACCCAGCCCACGCAGUUGAAUGGCCUAUUCUGCUGCUUGUGAGUUCAAUCACCUGGUUGGAGCGGAUGGUGUUGCUCCCUGUGUUCCAGACUUUGGGCCCGAUUUCCUCCACCUGCAGAGCACGAGGUCACCCUGCAGCCCCCAUCCCCCAGUGUGCAUCCGUGUGGCCGUGUGCUGAGCCUUCCCCGGCCCCUCCUAACAUGUAUCCCGUUUUCCCGCUGGAAGUUUCCUCAGCACUUAUGACCAGCUAGCAUCCUGGAUAUUUCACUUACCUGUCUGCUCCUUGUCAUUGUCCCCUACUGGAAUGUAAGCUCCCUGUGGGCUGCGAUGGUUAACUCUCCUGUCUGCCGUGGAUCCUAGGCCUGACUGUGCCCGACAAACAGUGAAAAUGUAAGGACUGGCCUGGUUGGCCAGUUGCCCUUAACGCAGUCUGCAGGGUUAUUAAAAUAUCCUUGGAAAUGUGGUGAGGGGAAGAAAACCA